AUGUCUAGUCCCGCCAGUACUACGACGUCAUCUCAGUCACAGAUUGUGCGAGCCGGAAACGCGUCGAUUACCGAGAGCCUGUCCUCUGGAACAUAUUCAAGGGGACCCUCUGUGGACCCGCACGCCUCUUUUACGCUCUCGUCCCCGUCAUCUGAGUCACACAAAACUGUCCAGUAUUCCGCCUGGGACCCUCGGUCACAAUCGUCCAAACCCGCCUCCUUGAAUACUACACCGACCCCAUUCGCUACUCAAACGCACAACGCCCCUGUUCCUCGCGACGAUCCGAUAAACUCCGCCGCUCCUUACAACAAUCCAUUCCCUUCGGUAGUGCCAGGGUUACCCGGGUGGGAUCCGAACUUCACCCUAGCAUCCACAACUGCUGGCCAUUUGGCGUAUGUGGAUGCGACGGCCGAUCCCGUGAGUUGGAUGGAUAUCAUGAGCGAUCAAUAUUCCCAGUACUUCAACGAAGCAUUUCCAAUACCUCCAGAGCGUGGAAGAACACUGAGCCAGCAAGAACAGAUGGAGUUGAUGGAAACCCUCGAAGACAACCUUCCAGAUGUAUCGGCGCAGCUUGUGCGGGAAUCAGAAACAUUCUACCAGUCAUGA